GAAAUCAAUCAUAAGGUACUAAUUAGAAAAUUUCAAAAUGGGUUAAAAUCGUAAUAUUCUUUCUUGUAAAGUUACUACCUCCACUCACAAGGUCUAAAACCAACCUUCCAAAUUAAGAAAGAGUAACUUCUUAGUAUAUAACGUCCAAUGAAGAUUAACAAAAAGUGUCCAUUCAGUCAAUUGAGUUUUAACAAACAUGAUAAUAAACUAUUAGAGUUUGUUUAUUCAUCUGUCACACCUUCAAUGAUUAGCUACUUAGCAAAGAAAACAACAGACAGCUUAUUGUCAACUUCGACACCACCACCACCAAGACAGGUUGAUUUGUUGACUCCUCCAACUACACCAACUAAGGACACAAUCAAUUUACCUUCUUUAGAGAAUGACUUAUUUAGUACAUCACCACAGUUACCUUCAUUAGAAUGCUUUAUAGCAACGUUGGUUGAUCAGUCAAAUGUACAGGUCCCUACUCUAAUGUCGACUCUCGUUUAUUUAGACAGACUAAGAGUGAAGCUUCCCCCUGUCGCCAAAGGUAUGCCAUGCACAAGACAUAGAGUGUUCUUGGCUGCAUUAAUUACUGCAUCAAAAUAUUUGAAUGAUAGCAGCCCAAAAAACAAACACUGGGCAAGACAUGCGAGAUUAUUUUCAGUCGCGGAAGUCAAUCUUAUGGAAAGGCAAUUACUUGGGUUUUUAAACUUUGAAUUAGAUAUUUCGGAGGCGGAUAUUAUGAGGGAAUUUAAACCAUUCAUGGCACCAUCUCAAAGAAUGAUAUAUCCAUAUCAACAAUAUCAACCAUUACCACCAACAAUAUUUUAUCAAAACUUAUUACCAAAUUAUGCACGUCCACAACAACAACAAUUGCGCACUCAAAGGUCGCAACCUACACUUAGACAGAGGGGAAAUAUUUCAAUUUCGCCUGUUAAACCAUCAAUAGCAACUUAUAAAUCACAAAAUAUUCCAACCUUACUAUCAUUGGCUUCUCCUCCAGAGACUCCACUAGAUUUCAAAUCACCUUCGACAAAGAUACCAAAAACAUCUCACUUUUAUUCAGCCAAAUUUUUCAACAGGCUGAUUCGAAGGAAGGGCUCAGCUCAGGAGCUUUAAUUUUAAGUAAACGCACAACUUUAUAUAGUAGUAGAUUAUAAAAAGCUGGUCUUUCUAAUUUUUUAAUUUAUUGUACUUAUUCAUAUGUAACAUCAAUUUCGGCUUAGAAUUGGAUAUAUCCGGUAAAAUAGAAAGACACUCGGACUUCGAUGGAAUUCAUGUGAUUAUACUUGGAAUUUAAUGAAGAUUUCAAAGAUCUAAAAAAAUGAACGUGUACCUUUG